CGGUAACGUUAAAACCACACCGGCUGAACGUGAUUUGUAGCAUCUUGUUUUUAUUUUUUUCUUUACAAUCAAGUCUGGAAUAAUUAUUUAUUAUGGGUGAUGAAGAAAAGUAUGAUGGGAUGUUACUUCUUAUGGCACAACAGCAUGAAGGCGGUGUGCAAGAGUUGGUAAAUACAUUUUUUAGCUUUCUCCGGCGGAAAACUGACUUUUUUACUGGAGGUGAACCUGGAGCUCCUGAAAAGCUUGUGAAAGAGGCGUUUGCCUAUCACAAUCAGUUUGCUGUCAAGGCUAAGAAGGAGAAACAGUCUAGACAGGAGAAAGAAAAGAAAGAGCAAGCAGAAAGAGCUGCGAAGCUAAAAGCUGAAGAGGUGAGAAAGAAGAAAGAAGCAGAAAAUGAGCCUAGAAUUAAAGAGCUCACAGAUGAGGAAGCAGAGAGACUGCAGAUGGAAAUAGAUCAGAACAACGGCAAUGAGGUGAAGAAAGACGAGCAAGCCCCUAAAAGUAAUACUCCAGACACAUCUGAGAAAAAAGAUAAAGGGUCUGAAUCAGAAGGAGAAGAGGAUGAAAAAGAUAAGUGUAAGAUAAAACCUAAUGCUGGAAAUGGAGCAGAUUUGUCCAACUACAGGUGGACACAGACCCUGUCCGAAGUGGAUGUCAUAGCGCCUUUUAAUGUGACGUUUCGACUGAAGGGUAAGGAUGUGGUGGUGGAAAUUCAGAGGCGGUUUCUAAAGGUAGGAUUAAAAGGGCACCCACCUGUGAUUGAUGCCCCUCUUUUUAAUGAGGUAAAGGUGGAGGAGAGCUCCUGGCUUAUUGAUGAUGGAAAAGUUGUGACUGUACACCUAGAAAAGAUCAAUAAAAUGGAAUGGUGGAACAAGUUGGUGAACACAGACCCUGAAAUCAACACCAAGAAAAUCUGCCCAGAAAACUCCAAGCUUUCUGAUUUGGAUGGGGAAACACGCAGCAUGGUAGAAAAGAUGAUGUAUGACCAGAGGCAGAAGUCUAUGGGCCUACCUACAUCAGAGGAGCAAAAGAAGCAAGACAUUUUGAAAAAGGCAUUCUGAUGGAAACCUGUUUACCCGCCGGUUAAGGAUUAAAGUCGAGACUGCAGUGCCAACGAUGCUGCUCCUGCCCGAUGUGACGGGUCUGGAGUAAUUGCACCAAGAAUGACAAGAACUCACUACAGACUUUAUUAAAGAUUAGCCUGAAUAAUAACUCUAUUAUUAUUAUUUAUUUAUUUAUUUAUUGCCAGUUAUAACUUUUAGUUAAUUUAAUUCUGUGUUUGAAUGAUUUGUGUAAAUCCUAUUUAUUUAAAGUAUCCUCCAGACCACCCAAGAAGGAUGGGCCCUGCUGAGUCUGGUUCCUCUCAAGGUUUCUUCUUGUAAUUUUAAGGGAGUUUUUCCUUGCCACAGUCGCCCUCGGCUUGCUCAACAGGGGUUUUUGUAUCUGUUGGUCCUGGAUUUUGUAAAGUUGCUUUGAGACAAUGUCUAUUGUAAAAAGCGCUAUAUAAAUAAAGU